AUGUCCACUGUUCAAAUCCCGCAGCUUGUGCAGAAGAUGGAGGAGCUGAUCGAUGCAUUCGAGUCACACCCCCAGGUGCAGCCACCAAACCCGCAUCCAACAGCCUUCUUCCUGCUCGAUUUCAUCCGCAAUUCGCACCGCAUGCUGAAGGCUGUUGACGCCGACAAGUACGCUGCGCGCGAUCCCACCGCCAUGGAGACCGUCAAGGAGGUCGUCGGCCGCAACCAGUUCUCUAACCUGCUACUCAACGACACGAGCGGCAAGCUGUCCCUCAUGACCGGCGGUGAUCCUUCGAACCCAAUCGACUUCGGUGCCGAUAUCAAGGCCAAGGCGGGCGCUCUGGCUGCUUAA